CCGAAAAGACCAAGAUGGCGGAGGAGUUGAACAUUUACGGUUUUAUAGCCAUGUAGAAUCGAAUAUAGCAUCAAACACAUCAAAAUAUUGAUUUUUCCUUUAGAGCGACGGAGUGUUAUCUGAAGUGAAGAUUGAAGACGUGAUAGAAGAUGGACGACUACUGCUAUGCUAAGAUGGCGACGUCCGCUAAAAGAGAACAUGAAAGAGAAUCACUAACGGAGAAAAAGACGAAGUAUGAAGACGUCCAGCAGCUGAUUGGUCAUCCAGAAGAACUUCCCCCUCAGUCGGAAGGGAAGAGCUCCACUUUGAAGCAGGAGACUCCACAACCACCCCACAUUAAAAAGGAAGAGGAGGAACUCUGCAUCACUCAGGAGGGAGAGUGUCUUCUAGGAAGAGAGGAAGCUGAUUACACCAAGUUGCCACUGACUGUUGUCUCUGUGAAGACUGAAGAUGAUGAAGAGAAACCACAACUAGACAACCUCUUAACUCCACUACCAGAUAGGGAGGUUGAAAAACUUUUGAGCAGAAAAACAGACUGUGAAGACGUCCAGCAGCUGAUUGGUCAGUCAGAAGAACUUCCCCCUCAGUUAGGGGGAAACUCCACUUUGAAGCAGGAGACUCCACAACCACCCUGCAUUAAAAAGGAAGAGGAGGAACUCUGGAUCACUCAGGAGGGAGAGUGUCUUCUAGGACCACAGGAGGCUGAUCUCACCAAGUUGCCACUGACUGUUGUCUCUGUGAAGACUGAAGAUGAUGAAGAGAAACCACAACCAGACAACCUUUUAGCUCCACUAUCAGAUAGUGAGGCUGAAGAUGAGGCUGAAGAACCUUUGAGCAGCGAAACAGACUGUGAAGGUGAUAUGAGGACUCACACUGACAGCAAACACUCUACAAAGAAGAGAGGAAAAAGACGUUAUAGCUGCUCAGUUUGUGGUAAAGGCUUUUCUCGACAGAGCAUUUUGACUCGACACAUGAGAACACAUACGGGAGAAAAACCAUUUAAGUGCUCAGUUUGUGGUAAAAGCUUUUCCCAAAAAGGACAUUUGAUUGAACACAUGAGAACACACACAGGAGAAAAAACAUUUAAUUGCUUAGAUUGUUGUAAAAGCUUUACUAGAAAGAGCCAUUUGACCCAACACAUGAGAUCGCACACAGGAGAAAAACCGUUUAAGUGUUCCGUGUGCGGUAAAAGUUUUUCGCAAAAGAUCCGUUUGACUGAACACACGAGAACGCACACAGGAGAAAAACCGUUUAAUUGUUCAGUUUGCGGUAAAAGCUUUCCUCGAAACAGCGACGUGACUCAACACAUGAGAACACACACAGGCGAAAAACCAUUUAAAUGCUCCGUUUGUGGUAAAAGCUUUCCUCAUAAGACCAAUUUAAUUCAACACAUGAGAACACACACAGGAGAAAAAACAUAUAUUUGUUCAGUUUGUGGUAAAAGCUUUUCUCGAAAGAACAAUAUGAUUCAACACAUGACGACACACACGGGAUAAAGUAACUUGUAAUUGUUCCUUUUGUUUUCAAAAGAGCUAUUUGACUCAACACACAAUAAAACUCACUGGAGAGAAUCUAUAUAAUCUAUAUUUUUUUAUGCAAGGUUUGACCCAACACGUAAUGCAACACACAGGAGAAAAUACAUUUCGUUGAUCAGUCUGGGAUAAGAGAUUCCAUUUUAAUGCAGAUGCAGUAAGACACAUAAGAACACACAGGGGGAAUAACCAAUCAGAUAGUUUGUAGUAUUUUGCGCAUACAUUGCAACAUCCACCCAAAGCCAAGACCUCCUCCAAAAUAGGUUUGCUGCUUCUUUCAAAAAUAUCCGAGGUCUUCAUACAAAUUUAAAUUAUCUGUUGCAUAAUCUUAUCUACUCAUGACCCCAUGUCUUGUGUGUGUCUGAAACUUUCCCGAAUAAUAAGAUAGAUGCUUGUAGUGCUUGGUUACUCCUUCUUCAGACGAGCCUGAUGACUUCAGCCGGGGAAGAAUAGUAGUCUUCUUUUACCGCCUCUAGAUUGCCUGACUCUGAACACCAACAACAUGAAUUGAUCUGCCUGAAAUUACACCUUCCGGGUCGCCUGUUGUUAAAGUUAAAGUACCAAUGAUUGUCACACACACUAGGUGUGGCGAAAUGAUUCUCUGCAUUUGACCCAUCACCCUUGAUCACCCCCUGGGAGGUGAGUUUUGUGUCUACAGACCAACAUCAGAUGAUGACUCAGUGUAUGAUGUAAUAUCUGAGCAUAUUGACAUAUUCAAUAUUUGCACCCAAAGUCUGAAAUGGUUCUUCUUGGGGAUCUGAAUGUGCCAUCAUGGAGACUGGCUGGGAAGUAAAAGGACUUGACACUCAUGGGGAAGGUGCUCAUUAAUUAGUUAUACUCAGCAGCCUCCACCAACUAGUUGAUGAUCCUACUAGGAUUGGGAAUGAUGGAAAUUGCUCUAAAAUGGAUAUUUUCCUUACUACUUCACCAGACAAUCAUGUUGUCACUGUCAGUGCUUCUCUUGGCUCCUCUGACCACUGUGUGGUAUCUACUGUGGCUAAUACUUGGCUGAUGUUAAGCUGAACUCUCAAAAGAACAAGGAGCCAAUACAGCGUGGGCCUAUGUUAGUUUCAACAUUACUCUAAAGUAGAGGUAUCCGAUAAUAUCGGGCUGCAGAUAUUAUCGUCCGAUAACUGCUUUAAAAAGUAAUAUCGGAAAUUAUCAGUAUUGGUUUAAAAAAAAUAAAAUGUAUAACUUUUUAAAAUGACGCUGUACGAAGUGGUACACGGACGUAGGGAGAAGUACAGAGCGCCAAUAAACCUUAAAGGCACUGCCUUUGCGUGCCGGCCCAAUCACAUAAUAUCUACGGCUUUUCACACACACAAGUGAAUGCAAGGCAUACUUGGUCACCAGCCAUACAGGUCACACUGAGGGUGACAGUAUAAACAACUUUAACACUGUUACAAAUAUGCGCAACACUGUGAACUGUUGCGUUUGACCAGAUGUUCCUCCAAGUGGGAUGUAAAACGCUGGUCAGUCCCAAGUUCCUUAGAUGACAUAUAAACUGAACUCAAAGGUACCACCAAGCACAGAAUAGGUAUUUUGUAAUUUAUUGUCAAAUAUUUGAGAAUAGAGACCAGCCUCGAACAACACAUACAAAUGCGUAGCCCAAGUUGAUCUGAAAACAUCCCGGAAUGCACUCUCCUCUUCAAUAUCUCCCCCCGCCCUCACUUCUCUCACUUCAAACACAUUCUCCUUGUCUCUUAUCUUGAGUCUGGCCUGGGAAGCAGAACAGGGAGUAUUCCUCCUUCUCGUGUUAUCUCUACUCUCUGCAUUCCACUGCUAGAAGACCGACACCUUACUUUGCAGACUAGUAAAGAAGGAAGAAUACUAGCUAUUUUGUAAUACGAUUAUGGAGGAAAGAAGAAACACAAAAAUAUGGAUAUAUGAAAAUAUAUAUAUAUCCUUCAGAACCCACACCAAACAAGAAUGACAAACACAUUUCGGGAGAACAUCCGCACCGUAACACAACAGAACAAAUACCCAGAACCUCUUGCAGCACUAACUCUUCUGGGAGGCUACAAUAUACACCCCCCGACUGGCCCACCUCAACCUCCUCAUACUCUCUCAGCAUGUCCCAAAUUCCAAGCUGCUGUUAAGUUAAAGUUAAACUUAAAGUUAAAUGAUUGUCACACACACUAGGUGUGGUGAAAUUUGUCCUCUGCAUUUGACCCAUCCCCUUGUUCACCCCCUUGGAGGUGAGGGGAGCAGUGGGCAGCCGCGGUGCCGCACCCGGGAAUCAUUAUUGGUGAUUUAACCACCAAUUCCAACCCUUAAUGCUGAGUGCCAAGCAGGGAGAUAACGGGUCCCAUUUUUAUAGUCUUUGGUAUGACUCGGCCGGGGUUUGAACUCACAACCUACCGAUCUCAGGGUGGACACUCUAACCACUAGGCCACUGAGUAGGCCUAGUGGUUAAAAAUGCACUUUGUGACUUCAAUAAUAAAUAUGGCAGUGCCAUGUUGGCAUUUUUUUCCAUAACUUGAGUUGAUUUAUUUUGGAAAACUUUGUUACAUUGUUUAUUGCAGGGGUGCUCACACUUUUUCUGCAGGCGAGCUACUUUUCAAUUGAUCAAGUCACGGGGAUCUACCUCAUUCAUAUAUAUCAUUUAUAUUUACUUAUUUAUGAAAUAUAUGUUUUUGUUAACAUGUUAAAGGUGUUUAAUGAUAAUGCAAGGAUG